AUGUUAGUGCGAAAUAUUUCUUGGAUUUUGGCCUGCUUACUUGCAGCCAUAUCCAUGCGUGUGACUGCUGUUCCCCAAUCCUACACUGCUGGUGAUGGCACGGUGUAUGUAGUAGAACCAGAAGCAGUUUACAAUUGGUUGCAGGCCCACACCGAAUGUGUUAGACAAGAAAUGCAUUUAGCCGUUAUCAACAAUGCUGAAAAAAACCAGGCCUUUGACGCAUUACUACGUCAAAUAUACGAUACAAUACCACUACUAUGGAUUGGUCAUCAUGAUAACCUUAAUAGAGCAGAAACUCUAAAUCGCAAAUUUUACUCAAUAGUCGAUGGAUCGGAAAUAAAAUUUACCAAUUGGCAUACGGAGGAACCAAAUAAUCAAAACUAUAAUGAACACUGUGUCAAUGUUGGCCUGUGGGGCGAUGACCAGUGGAAUGAUGUUAAUUGUGAUCUGGAAAUUGGUUAUGUUUGCGAGAAACCUCGAGAAUUAUCAAAUGUAAGUUGUGAUUUAGAAGAAAGUCGUAAGACUGUCUACGAGUUAAAUCAAGAACUUUCAAGGGAUCAUGAAAAUCAUCAAAAUUAA